AUGGGAGAUGGUUACCAUGGUUACCGCAGAGGUUCUGAUGAUGCAGUAGAGAUGCAGCUUCAAGGCAGCAACAGACAGGCAGACAGACAGACAGGGCAGACAGCACGGACCGGACAGGACAGCAGGCACCGGCAGACAGCCACCAGAGCAGACAGACAGGCAGAAGAAGAGACAGGGCAGACAGCACGGAACGGACCAGACAGACAGGCAGGCAGGUCGCAGACAAGACGGCAGCCCACGAAACAGACAGACAGCACAGGACAGGCCAGGCAGCAGAAAGCACGACACGGCCUCACGAACAGACAGACCAGACCACUCCACAAGCGGCAGGCAGGCAGCAGAGACAGACCAGGCAGACAGCCCCCACGGACGGCCCACGGCCCACCACGGACAGGACAGACCAGGGAGGCAGACAGGCAGAACGAGACCAGACAGGCAGACAGACAGACAGACAGACAGGCAGGCAGACAAGACAGGCAGGGCAGAGAGACAGCACAGGCACGACACGCCACGACGGACGCCACGGACAGGACCCAGACAGGCAGGCAGACAGACGGACGCCACGCACGGCCAUGCUGA